CAAAACCCAAUUUCGAGACACGACAGACGUCGUGCACUCGUGAGAUAGGUCCCACAAAUGCACAAGGCUCGAAACUUAUCAAAUUCACACUCUGAUACCUAUCAAAUUCACACUCUGAUACCAUCAAAAUCUGAAGAUCAAAUCUUUAAAAUUUACUCCGAUAACAUAAAUCUCCAAAUACACUCUGGUUUACAAGAUCAUGAUUUACUUCUAGAAUCUAUAUCAAUCCCAAAAUGGCUAGCUUUCUAACUCGUCACUUCUCGUUGUUUCCCCGUCCUCGGUUUCACUUCCUUAAAUGAUGGACAAGGAAAAACUAUGAGAUAAACUCAGUAAGUAAUAUAUGGAGUGCCCUUAUUAAAUUUAUAGCAUGCCAACAAGUACAAUAACGAAAAAACGGAUACAGUACGGGCACGAAAUAGACGUCUCCUCUAUUCAUGGCCAGUGUAUUAAACUUCCCACUGGUAGGCUACACUUGAACGAACCGGUUCUAUCAAUAACAUGUCGACAUGUGCUAGCGUUUAACCCCCACUAGCAGGAUUACAAUCAAUAACAUAACCAUAUCAGAGACAAAACAGGCAGAAGUUCACAGAAAAUCAUUCUUUACCAAUCACUUUCAAAUCAUCAGGACAAUCAAUCAAAUUUCAAGUAGGCA